AUGGGGCGAUGCCAUGACCGUCUGCCGCACCGGAACAAUGCUGACCGUGUAUCCCGCCACCAGAGCUUUAACAUCGACUCCCCGAACGACAUGGUCAUCGAUAACGACGAGUACGGUGCCGUCGCUGACGCCUUCGAGAAGGAGCCCGUUGCCAUCAUCCACCCCGACGACAAUGGCGAGACCGACCGGCAACUUCAAGACCUGCCAAUGGCUAACGAUCACGAGACAAUGAAGGACCUGGUGCUUCCGCCGUUGAUAGACGAGCCCAGGAUCCUCCAAGACUUCGAGCACACUUGGACCGUCGAGAACUGGCGUAGCCUGGGCAAGCGGGAGCACGGUCCCGUCUUCGAGGCCGGCGGCUAUCCAUGGCGCAUCCUUCUUUUCCCCCACGGCAACAACACGGAUCAGUGCUCCGUCUACUUGGAGCACGGCUUCGAUGCCAACGCCGUUCCCGACAACUGGAGUUGCUGCUUGCAGUUUGCCCUCGUGCUCUGGAACCCCAACGAUCCGACCCUCUUCACCCACCACGCAGCCCAUCACCGCUUCACGAAGGAGGAGGGGGACUGGGGCUUCACACGCUUCGUCGAGCACCGGAGAAUGUUCAACGUCACUUGGGAGCAUGGCAGUCGCCCGCUUUGCGAAAACGACACGGCCAACAUCACGGCCUAUCUGCGCUUCGUCGAGGAUGAGACGGGCGUUUUGUGGCACAACUUUGUCAACUACGACUCCAAAAAGGAGACGGGAUACGUUGGCCUAAAGAACCAGGGCGCCACCUGCUACCUGAACUCUCUCCUCCAAUCAUUGUACUUCACAAACGCGUUUCGAAAGGCCGUGUACGAAAUUCCGACGGAGAAUGAAGAUGACAUGAUGAACUCGGCUUAUACCCUUCAGCGACUUUUCUACCAGCUGCAGACGUCGGAGCAAGCCGUCGGCACCAACGAGUUGACAAAGUCCUUCGGCUGGGAGACCCGGCACAUUUUUGAGCAGCAGGACGUCCAGGAGCUCUCGCGCAAGCUGAUGGAGCGAAUGGAAGAAAAGAUGAAGGGCACAAAGGCGGAGAACAGCCUCUCCAAAAUGUUCAGCGGCAAGAUCAAGACGUACAUCUCCUGUAUCAACGUGGAUUACGAGUCGAGCCGCGUCGAGGACUUUUGGGACAUUCAGCUCAACGUGAGCGGCAAUGCAGAUCUCGCCGCCGCCUUCCGGGACUAUAUCCAAGUGGAGAAGAUGGACGGCGAGAACCAGUACUUCGCCGGCGACCAGUUUAAGCUGCAGGACGCCAACAAGGGCGUCAUCUUCACCAGCUUCCCCGACGUUCUCCACCUCCAGCUCAAGCGCUUCGAGUACGACAUCCAGAGGGACAUGAUGAUGAAGAUCAACGACAGAUACGAGUUCCCCGACACGUUCGACGCCGCCCCCUACCUCACGGAUGAUGCCGACCGGUCGGAGCCGUGGGUCUACCAACUUCACGGCGUCCUCGUCCACAGCGGCGACCUCAACGCCGGCCACUACUACGCGUUUAUCAAGCCGGAGAAGGAUGGCUGGUUUUACAAGUACGACGAUGAUAAGGUCACCCGGGCCACCAUGAGAGAGGUCAUGGAGGAAAACUUUGGAGGCGAAUACCGCCCCGCAAACGGCUUCCCUCGCGCGCCUCUGCAGAAGAAGGCGCCCAUCAUGCGCCAAAACAGCGCGUACAUGUUGGUGUACAUCCGGCAAACGAGGAUCGACAGUAUCCUCUAUCAGGUCACCCAGGAGGAUAUUCCACGGCAUCUGCACGAGCGGUUCGACGAGGAGAAUGCGCUCAGGGAGGCGCGACGACGCGAGCAACGAGAGGCCCAUCUGUACAUGAUAGCAAAGGUCAUCACGGACGACACGUUCCGACGGUACGGCGGCACCGAUCUCUGCGCGUUCGACGCCGAUGCCGACGCCGACGACGCCGCGCCAAAGUCCUACCGGAUCCUUCGAACCAUGAGUAUGGAGGAGUUCGCUGUCCAGGUUGCCCAAGAUAUGGGUCAGGACCCUGCCAAGGUGCGGCUGUGGCUCAUGGUCAACAGACAAAACAAGACGAUUCGUCCCGACCAGCCGAUCAUGGAUUUGCGGCCAACGGUGGAGGAGAUCUACAACCGCGCGGCCGCACAUCGCGACACGAGCCUGCGACUGUGGGCCGAAGUCGCCGAUGAAGUUGGUCCGGAUGGCGAGCCCAUCUGGCCGUCGUAUCAGAGUCAGGCGAACGGCGUCAUUGUCAAAAACGACACGAUCCUCCUCCUCCUCAAAUACUUUGACCGCGAGGAGCAAACGCUGAAAGGCGUCGGCCACGUAUAUAUCGGCAAGGAAAAGAAGGUCGAGGAGCUCGUCCCUCUGAUUCUCCAGCGGAUGGGCUGGGCUGGGCUGCAAGCGGACGAAAGACUGCUUCUCUGGGAGGAAAUCAAACCGACGAUGAUUGAGCCCUUGAAGCCUAAGCAAUCUCUCAAGCUCGCCGAGCUGCAGGACGGGGACAUCAUUUGCUUCCAAAGAACGGUCGAGAAGGCGGGACAGGCUGAAAAGCCGGUGCAGGAACCAAAUCGGACCGCCGAGCACUUCGAGGAUGCGAAAGAAUACUACGACUUCCUGGAGCACAGGAGGACGGUUCGGUUCCACCCCCAUCCUACCCGGUGCGAUCAGGAUCAGUACCCCCCGUUUGACCUCGUGCUCAACGCCAAGAUCAACUACGACACAAUGUCUGAGCGAAUUGGCAACUACCUUUCCACUCCCCCCACACACAUUCGUCUAUGGACCGUCAACGGCACCACCAACAACCCCAAGGCACCGGUCCGGCGCAGCACGAACCCGACUCUGCGACAGAUCUUGAACCCGAUGGGAUCCAACUCGCUCAGCUCGACGCAAAGAAACGACGCCUUCUUCUUCGAAGUAUUGGAGAUGAGUCUCGCCGAGCUGGAUACCAAGAAGAGCGUCAAGGUUGUUUGGCUGGCAGAGGGAAUCACCAAGGAGGAGCUCUUCGACCUGCUUGUUCCCAAGACUGGGAACCUUGAGCACGUCGUCCAGGCCCUCGUCAAGAAGGCGCAGAUUCCCGACGAAGCCGAGGGUGGGCCGAUUCGAAUAUACGAGGCAAGCACUAACAGGUUUUAUCGCGAGCCGCCUCGGGACGGUCCCGUCUUGAAUCUCAAUGACUACACGCAGCUGUACGCCGAACGUAUUCCCAAGGACGAACUCGGAGCCGAUGACAACAGUUUCGUUCACGUCUUCCACUUCCAGGGCGAGCUUAACCGGUCGCAUGGCAUUCCGUUCAAGUUUCUUUUGCAGGAGGGGGAGAAGUUUGUCGACACCAAGAAGCGUCUCGAGAAGCGCACCGGUCUGAAGGGCAAGAGCUUCGAGAAGAUCAAGUUUGCCGUCAUCCGACGUUCAAACUACUCGAAGCCGCAGUACAUCAACGACGAUGACGAGCUCUGGAACAUGGUUUCCCCUGAGGACGACUUCUUGGGCAUGGAUCACGUGGAUAGAACCCGGACAUUGCGGAAUGGAGUCGGUGAUCUUUUUCUCAAGUGA